AUGCACGCUGCCAUCGACGACGUUAAUCAGCAACAAGCGCAUGCGGCGAUUGUGCUCAACCUGGCCGACAAACAGCUUCAGCACGUAAUCAGCGCCGGCAGCGCAGCUGAAGUGUGGAUGAUGCUACGACGCAUUCAUGAAGGCCAAGAUGUGGCGAAUCGCCUGUGGCUCAGAGAAAAAUAUGCCACGUUUACUUAUGGUGGUGACUCGAUGGAGGUGCACGUCGGUAACCUCGAGGCCUUGCUGAUACACCUGGACAGCGCGGGGUGCGCUGUCGCCCAAGAACAUUUUUGUGCUGCAUUGCUGCGCAGUCUACCAAGUUCGUACGACGGUCUUAUGGAGGCGUACCGUAUGUCGGCGGACAAGUUCAUUUUUCCAGACAUCGUUAAUCGAGUGUUCGCGGAGGAAGCGCGUCAACACGAGCUGGGCAUCAAGGAGGAGCGCACUGCGAUACUGGCCGGCCUUGCCAAGAAAAAAAACAAAGUAAAGAAAAAAGGCGUGUGCUGGAGAUGUGGUAGUGUCGGACACUACCAGCGCAAUUGUCGAAAAGGCUUCAAACAAAAGACGAGUCCCAUAUUGCGUUCUGUGCGCUGGUUAGUGAGAGCGGCUUUGAUGGGACUUGAACCCAAGCAACUUGCGCUGACACGGGAUCCACAACCCACUGCGCCAACAUGGCAACAAACAAUUCCAGCCCAAACGUUACAGUUACAAAUUGGGUUUUGGAUAGCGGAGCAUCCACCCAUAUGUGCGGUGCACGCGAUAUGUUUGUCGACUUUGAACAUCGUAGUGCGCCAAUGUACAUAA